AUGUCAAAUCGAGGAUUAUUGUCAACAAUAAACAGUAUAUUUGAUCCUCUUGGAUACUUAGCGCCAUUAACUAUUAAAGGAAAAUUACUGCUCAGAUCAGUUAUGACAGGACAGAUCAUGUGGGAUGAACCGUUACAGGAAGAGGUUUACAACGAGUGGGAAUCUUGGAGAACGUCACUCUUUGAUUUGGAAACAGUAAAAUUCAAAAGGAUGUUUGUACCUACUUCAUUUAGUUUAGCGAACACAAGGAAGAUUCGCAUCUAUUCCGACGCAUCAGAGAAGGCAAUAGCCGCAGUUGGUUACAUACAACUAGAUGACGAUAAGAAUUUUGGUUUUAUUAUGGGAAAGGCAAAAGUUGCACCCAGUCACACUCAUACGAUUCCACGCUUAGAACUUUGUGGAGCUUUGCUAGCAACAGAAAUAGGACAAACAAUAUCCGACCAGUUAGAUAUACCUUUGUCUGAUAUUCAGUAUUAUACCGACAGUAAAGUUGUACUAGGGUACAUCUUCAAUUCAUCACGACGAUUUUACAAUUAUGUUUCAAACCGUGAACAUUGCGAAAAUCCACCCAGUGUCAAAUUCCGAGCAAUGGUCUUAUGUGCAUACAGAUGGCAACCCAGCCGAUCUGGCAACUCGAUCAAUUAUUCCUUCGAAAUUAGAAAAUAG